AAAACAGUAUGGCUAUUUGGAUGAAAAAAGGGCAAUCACUCCAAUAGACGAAGCCUGUGAGGAAAGCUGCUCUGGUGACUUUGAAACUGAAGAGAGGCUUGGCGUGAAAGUUGUUGACAACAGCUUCUUCAUAAGAGGAAAGAGUCGUACAAGGAAGGCAAAGCGACAGCGGAAAAAAAUCCCAAUUGGAAAAGGUGAUCAGGGAGAAGGGGUCAAGGCAGUGCGGCGUUCCGAGCGCUUAUGCUCCAAGCACAAAACCAAACACGUUGAGGCAGAGGGUCAGGAUGGUCGGACUUCGCUGCAGUUCCUUUUGAAUCAUAAGAGCUCCAAACACAAGCCUAAGCCAAUGCAGGCAGAUCCACAGCAAGAGCUAGUAACAGAGGGGUCCCCUUUGCGUAAGCACUCAAAACGCAAGCGUGGGCACCCGGAAGCAAAGGCAGAAACACAAGACGUGACAAUGCUAGAAUCUCCUUUGCAACAUAAGAGAUCCAAACGGAAACAAAAGCGUGCGGAGGCGGACAAACAGCAUGAGCUCGUAACAGGGACUUCCAUUUUGCAUAAGCGCUCAGAACCCAAGAAUGGGCACCUGGAGGCCGAGGCAGAAACACAGGAAGAUGUGACAACGGUAAAAUCUCCUUUGUUACAUAAGAGCUCCAAACGCAAGAACAAGCGUGCGGAGACGGACAAACAGCAGGAGCCUGUAACAGUGGAUUCCGCUUUGCAUAAGCGUUCAGAAGACAAGAAUGGGCACCUGGAGGCCGAGGCAGAAACACGAGAUGCGACAAUGCAAGAAUCUCCUUUGCAACGUAAGACCUCCAAACACAAGCGUAAGCCAAUGAAGACAGAUCCACAGGAAGAGCUUGUACCAGAAGGCUCAGGUUUGCCUGAGCACAAAAAACACGAGCAUGGACACCCGGAGGCAGAGGCAGAAACACAAGAUGUGACAACGCUACAAUCUCCUUUGCAACGUAAGAGCUCCAAACGCAAGAACAAGCGUGCAGAGGCUGACAAACAGGAAGAGCUUGCAACAGAGGGGGCCGUUUUGCCUGAGCACCAAAAACACGAGCGUGGGCGCCCGGAGGCAGAGGCAGAAACACAGGAAGUUGGGACAGCGCUAGAAUCUGCUCUGCAACAUAAACGUUCCAAACGCAAGAAUAAGGCAGUGAAGGCAAAUCCACAGGAAGAGCUUGUAACAGAGGGGGCCAUUUUGCCUAAGCGCAAGCAACACGAGCAUGAGCACUUGGAUGCCAUGCUAGAACCUGUUUUGCAUAAUAAGAGCUCGAAACGUAAGAAGAAGCGUGUGGAGCACAAGCUUGUAACAGAGGGGUCCGUUCUGUGUAAGCGCUCAGAACACAAGAAUGGGCACCUGGAGGCAGAGGCAGAAACACAGGAUGUGACAACGCAAGAAUCUCCUCUGCAACAUCAGAGCUCCAAACGCAAGCCUAAGCCAGUGCAAGCAGAUCGACAGCAAGAGCUAGUAACAGAGGGGUCAGAUUUGCCUGAUCACUCAAAAGGCAAGCGUGGGCACCUGGAGGUAGAAACACAAGAUUUGACAACGCGACAAUCUCCUUUGCAGCAUAAGAGCUCGAAACGCAGGAACAAGCGUGCAGAGGCUGACAAACAGCACAAGCUUGCAACAGAAGAGUCUGUUUUGCGCAAGCAUAAAAAAAGCAAGAACGGGCACCUGGAAGCAGAGGCAGAAACACAGGAAGGUGUGAUAACGCUAGAUUCUCCUUUGCAUAAUAAUCGCUCCAAACACAAGCGUAAGCCAACGAAGGCAGAUCCGCAGGAAGAGCUUGUAACGGAGGAAGCCAUUUUGCCUGAGCGCAAAAAACACAAGAAUGGUGACCUGGGGGCAACGCGAGAAUCUCCUUUGCAACACAAGAGCUCGAAACGCAAGCAAAAGCGUGCGGAGGCUGACCAACGGGUAGAGCUUGAAACAGAGGGGGCUGUUGUGCAUGAACACCCAAAACGCAAGAAUGGGCACCCAGAGACAGAAACGCAGGAAGAUGUGACAACGCUAAAAUCUGCUUUGCAUGAUGAGAGCUCCGAACGCAAGAACGAGCGUGCGGAGUCAGCCAAACAGCACAAGCUUGCAACGAAGGAGUCCGGUUUGGGCAAGCGCAAAAAACUCACGAAUGGGCACCCGGAGGCAAAGGCACAGCAAAAGCUCGCAGUGGAACAGGAAACUCUGGGAAUUCCUCUUCUUGAUCCACCAAGUGACCAAAAUAAUCGCAUGGAGGCAGUUGACCCUGAACCGCAAGUAACGGUGAACCCGCCUGCGGGCAAACCCAAGCGUAAAAACCUAGGGGCAGAUGGACAGGGAGACCUUACGGAGGAGCAAGACAACAUGGUGUUACUGAGCUACGCUUCCCUCUCGCCAACAAGACCUAAAAAGAGGCCUGCAGCGGCCGAUGAACAGGGCGAGUUGGUGACAGAGGUCACUCCUGUUAACAAGGAAUCCAAACCCAGGCCAAGGCAAGUGGAGAAGCCAACAAUACAAGGCAUCGCUUUGUGUAACCUGUCAAGUGACAAGGAUGGGUCAUUGGCAACAGGCGUUCCGGUCAAACAGGCGAAAGCCAGCCGCAUGAUGGAACCCAAUGGGGGGCUCGCCCCUUCGGCCAGAAGGAAAUGCGAAUCAAAGCUUGAGCGGGUGCUUCGUGACGGUGACUCUUUAGGCAGUGGCACCCCCCGGCACCAAGAUGGCAAAGUGGAAGAAAAUGGCGAGGAGGACGUAGUCGGUCGGUCAGCCAGCAUGACGCCAAAAAAGAACAAGACAAAGAAAAGGAAACUUUACCUUGGGAUCAGUUGUUUCACUGGCCCCCGGGAUCAAGCCAUUGGACCCUAGAGGUUCAGCAAUGUGUGUUAGCAUCUCUUGUAACCUGAUAACCCAGUGACGAUUUCAAUAAAAGUUUAUCAUUUUUGCACAGAAA